AUGCUCUCCAGCCAUGCUAUCGUCUUUGCGCUUUGCGCGUCCUUUGCGCAAGCAGAUAAGAUGCUACGUUUCUCUUGCUCACAACUGGUGACCCAACGUCUCGAUCCAGUGGUCCAGCCGGGACAGAACCCAUCUCAACAUGUACAUCAGAUUGUUGGGGGCAAUGCUUUCAAUGUCACUAUGGACCCAGGUCUCGACAUCUCAGCCACAGCAGAUUGCACAACAUGCACUUUCACUGAGGAUAUGUCCAACUAUUGGACACCAACAUUAUACUUCCGGGCUCGAAAUGGAACUUUCAAACGUGUUCCUCAGAUGGCCAAUCAGGGCUUCAAUGGCGCCAACGGCGGUAUGACAGUCUACUAUGUAUCGCCUGAUGAUGCAAGCGUCAACAUCACGGCUUUCGCUCCGGGAUUUCGCAUGGUCGUAGGGGACCCCACCAGCCGAGAACAGAGCUUCAACGGCGCGAUGAACUCGUAUCGUUGCUAUACGGGGAAGAACUUCGAACCGAAUCCGUUUGGCGUGUCCGAUAAUGACACAUCCACGUUUCCAACCCAGUACUGCGCUGGUGGUGUGAGGGUCGCGAUCUUCUUUCCCACGUGCUGGGACGGCGUCAACCUCGACAGUGCCGAUCACAAGUCUCACGUCGCAUUUGGGUACAACGGAUGUCCCGCCUCACAUCCCGCCCGUCUCCCCCAAGUGUUCUUCGAAACAGUAUGGGACACAGGCGUCUUUCCCCAGUCUGAGUGGCCGGAGGAUGGCAGCCAGCCGUUUGUGUGGGCACAAGGGGACGCGACAGGAUACGGUCACCACGCUGAUUACCUAUUCGGCUGGAAGGGUGACUCGCUGCAGCGGGCUGUGGAUGCGAGAUGCGACUUUACUGGGUGCACGGAACUGCAGACACAGAACUUUGCGACAGGAAACACGUGUGUCCAAGAGCCGAUAGUAAAGGAGCAGAUCGAUGGCUGGCUCGACACUUUGCCAGGGAACUUGACGGUCAACUAA